GAAGUUAUUAAUUUAUAUAAAACAAGAAUUUAUAUUUUCGUUUCUCACAAGGUUCUCAAUGUUACCUCUUAAAUAUACACGACUGAGAGCGAACUAUUACGCAUGCGUUACGGAUGUGUAUUUCCAUCUAGCAACAGCAGACGACACGAACAUUCAGAGCAGGUGGAAGUGUCAAAGUAACAUAUGUACUUUAUGCUUGCUGAUGAAACUACAGUGAGCUAUUAGUCGAAACAUUGUUUCAGUCAAACAUAAAUUAUUCACAAGUUAAUUUUCCGGUAGAUAUGAUAGAGAAUCUUGCAGCGAAACUAUGCUUACUUUUACCGGAAAAUGCCAACACAGCCGAACAAUGGAAGCUACUGGGACAAGAAAAAGAUGGAUCAAUACUUAUUGGAUGGAUGGAGGAAUCAGAAAAAAACGAUGCAUGCACAUCGUGCACCGUAGUCGGUUGUUACGACCAGAUUAACAAUAAAUUACAGAUAUUACAUCGCUUUCCGGAAGUAUUAAACAUUGUUCAAGCUACGGUCAACCAAAGUCACACUUUAAUGGGAUAUGUGACAAAGGAAAAGAGUCACCUAGAAACGACAGAUUCUCCCGAACAUCAAUGCUCAGAUCACAAUGCAACCAAUGAAUUCUACAGGGCGUUUCUCGUGGAAUUGACAAUUGACGAUACCAAAGUUCACAAUCUAGAGAUGGAGAGAUCUAAGCAAGUGCGGAUACAAUUUUUGUACAGAGAGAAGGAACAGCUUGGUGUGGACAAGUUUCUGGUGCUAAUACAUCACGAGUGUAUUUUAACGUACACUGUUCAAUUCGACGCAUCUGUAAGUGAUUCGAGACCGAUAAAGGAACUAAAAUCCGAAGUACUUGUGAAAACGUUCAUAUGGGCUCAGUGGGACAUGGUUAAUCAAGUACUCUAUCACAUACAUCAUCGACGAAUUCCUACGAGCGUGGUCACCGAAAAUGACGACGAAAGUAAUUCUAGGUCCUCAAAGCCGACACUCAGCGGUCUUCAAUUUCAUGAUAAUUUGCCUCAUGAAACAGUGCUGAAUAUUCCGCUAAAUUUACCGCUACUGUCGCCGUCCUCUAGUUGCGGAACUUACGAAGACGACGUAAUACCCCUGCGAGUCCACGAUUGCUCCCUAGAUCUCAUAGUGGUGUCGGAUUCCAAGGGGAUGGUCUGCGUUUGUCAUUACUAUCUCUACCGGCCCGUGCAACCCCCGCAACACGUGCUCAAUUCCUUGAACGAAUCCAACACGGUGCACUUCGCGUACUCGGUGACGCUGCUGCAUCACAGCUGCGUUAUCCACUGCGUUAUACCGGGCAUAGCGUGGUCGCGCGCGAAACUGAUCAGACCGACCUUCGCGAUUUACGAGAAUCAUCACAUGAUAGUGUUUGUGCCGGGACUGUUCGCGCAUCUCCUCGAGAUUGGCGUGAACCACGAGCCCUGCUGUCACAUACUGUGCGGCCCGCCACCGUCGAUCCCGUCCCGCGCUUCUUAUCUGAUUCCGUUACUCGACUUGGACAACCCUGGCAGAGGAGCGAGGAAGAAUUCUCUUCACGGUAAUUCAGACGGCAAGAUCGGUUGUUCGGAGGGAAGUGGUUCGAAUGCCAACACGAGUAUAUUGACGAUAGACUUACCUACUCUGGACCUCGUGCAAUUGGCGAUCCCCCCGGACUUCCUCACUGAAGUCUUUCGCAAAGAGACCUCGGUCGAGAUUCGCUUGGGGAUACUUCAUUAUUUCCUCUGUCACAAGAGUGACAUAGACGUUAUCGCGGAGUUGAUGUCAAUUAUUGCGGAAAAGCCGCGUUCGCUGGACAUUUCGCGCUUUAUGCAAGAAAUUCUCAUAGGCAGCUCUUACGCAUUGGUGCAGAAGAAUCUUCUGGCGGACACCGUUCCUUUGCUAUCGCUACUGCCCGUCACUACUGUAGGGGAUUACAUGACUUUUGACAUAAAAAUGAACGACUUGGAUAUCACGUUAAGUCACGAAAAACUGUGGAACACAUCGGUGAUGUUGCUCUCGCCGCAACAGAGACUCGUUCCUUACCGUAGUGACCUGUGGACUAGACUGUGGGAUCAGUUGAGUAAAAAUGGUGAUAAACUGAGAUUCAAACCUAGCCACAUCGCGGAGAAGCUAUUAGUUUCUUUAGCUUGUUAUCAACCGGAAGCACUGUCCAGAUGCAGCACUCCGAUGUCUCCAAGCGGAGGAUUCGUCGCGGUACCGCUCGGAGACUUCAUGGGCAAUCGGACCAUCAAACUGGACUCGGGCCUUCCGUUUAACGAGACGGAAAGUUGCACCGCCUCGAAGCAAGAGCACAUUGUAUCGGUUAAUUUGCGAGAGCUUUCCAUGUAUCUUCUGAAAAAUGGCACACACACGUCGACUAUGCAGAUGCGAGGCUCCUGCACUCCACUACACGUUCAUGCCAUGGCUACGAGAUACGUGGCUGCGCAAUUGGAAGCUUCGCGUAUACUGUGUCAAAUACUUUGUAGAGCAGCCGGAGUCGAUCCGAGAAUCGAGCAAGAACGUGGCUUCGGUCUCAUAGACCAAUUGGACGAAGCAAGACGAUGGCUGCUGUUCAUGCUCUUGCAGCGAUACAGACACGCUGUAGAGAGCAUUGCUUUCCCAGCGCCACAGGGAUUUGCGUCGUUCUUCACUUAUCUCGGUUAUCGCACUCUUAAAUAUUCAAUGUUUCUGCAAUACAUCGAACGCGCGAUAUUUGAACUUCAAGUUGACGUCACAAAGAUUAUUCUAGCUGACAUAAGCGACACGAAGGAAAAUGUUGUUCAAAAAUUGAAAUUGUUAUCCUUGCUGCCAAGAUCUCGCGCAAAGAGACUUUUAAAUCAAUGGCUGCAUCCAGUUAGUUUGAUGUUGCGAGCUAGAGAACAUGCCGCUAAUAUUCUGUGCGGUGAAAUAUCUCAGAGUCGCACCGGCAGUCGAACUUUACAAUACCGUAAUCAUCACAACAGUUUGGCAGCAUUUCCUUCUGCAGAUCGUCUGUCGCCGUUAGAUACCUUUCUGGAUUUGCUUACCGCGAAAGCUAGUCUAACAGAACUGGAUUUUGGACUGUUAAUAGAAGCAACAGUAACAUCUACAGAAGACUUUCUGUAAUAGAAAUUGAAUUUGGUGCUUAUAAUCGUUAAAAAAUAUUCAGGUAAAGAUUGCUUUGAUCAUGACCGAGUGAUCAAUUAGGUCUUAGAUUUAUAUAAUAUUUUUAUGUAUUUGACAGAUUUUAUUUACUUAAAAAUUUUGCAAUUUAA